AUGGCGGAACCGCUCGGUGUUCCUGUGCUCGUCUCGCUCAUUCCGCUGUGGGUGUGUGUGUGCGUGUGCGAGUGCACGCGCGGCCACACAGCAGCUUACAGUAGUUUAUCUUUUUGUACACCUGGGUCACUUUUACUGGCAAAAUUUAGGGUAAGUACCUCGCAGGCCCCAGAAUGCUCCCCAGAUGGACACACAUUGCUCCAAAACCCAUAUCGUAGCACUAGGUUCAGCUCUCAGAGACUGCAGCAGUCGUCCCUGCAGGACUUAGUCUGCGACCACUCCCUUACACCUGGCUGGUACCAGUUUCAGAUCUUCAGCAAGCCUGCCAUGAUGCCCACAACAUGUGUAGAGAUGCACCACUGUGGGACACAAGCCCCAGUGUGGCUCUCCCUGGGCCAGGGGGAAACUCUGCCCCGUCCUCUGGAGGUGAAACAGCUGACUGCGUGUGCUGCCUGGCAGUUCUACUUCAGCAGCAGCAAGGACUGCUGUCUCUUCCGCAUCCCAGUGACUGUACGGAACUGUGGGGACUUCUACGUGUACCUUCUGCAGCCAACACAGGGGUGCAUGGGAUACUGUGCAGAAGAGGUGUCAGACUCGGUGCUAGAUGUUUGUGGGCCUGAUGAGAUGAACCAUGAUGGAGCAUCCAAACAGCCCCCUAUGCUAUCAGCACCAGAAGUGAAGGUUGCGCUGUUGGGCAGCAAUGUUUAUCUGAAGUGCAGCUUUGAGGCCAGGAGUGAGAACAGCUCCCUGGGAUAUGUGGUGGUGUGGUCCCGGGUCUCCCCUGAAGGCCAGAGGGAAGAGCUCAAGCAGGAGACCACUGUGCAGACCUUCUCUUUAAUUGAGCUGGAUGGAAUUAACCUGCGGCUAGGGGACAAGAUAUACUGCAGCUGUUCCAGUUUCUUUCUCGACUCACCAGACAUACAAGGAACCCCAGUAGAAAGUGAAGAGUUCUUUGCUGGGAUUAUGCUGAGUGCAGAAUCUCCCUCUAUCUCCGAGGAUAGAAGGGAGUACAACUUGACCAUAGAGAGCACAGUUCCCAUACCGUGCCCUUCAGAGAAUACUCCUCAAGAGGGGUGCACUCUCACCUUACACCUGAGUGUAAGAAAUCAAGAUGAGAAUCGCCUGGGCCAGAAUGUGGCGCUGUCAUCCUGUCAUGUGGAACUCAACCAGAUGUCCUGUGAAAAUGGUAUUUGUAGCAGGGCCGUCGUCUUCUACACUGCAGUGAACGAUUUUGUGCAGGAUGGGGACCGAAACACAGAGAUUAUGAUCCAACCGAUUGUGAGUCAAAACUUCCUGUGGAGCGGCUACUCUCCUCAAAGUGUCCAGAUUCAUGUGAACGAUGUUCCUUCUGCAUACUGCUACUUGUUCAGUGACCCUCAUGUCGUAACAUUUGACGGCAGAGGCUAUGAUAAUUACAAGCCAGGGACCUUUGUGCUCUACAAGACCACAGUUUGGGAAUUUGAAGUCCAUGUCCGUCAGUGGAAGUGUGGUAGCUUACACCACCCAGGUUCUUGUGCAUGCGGCUUUGUGGCGCGAGAUGGCGGCGACGUCAUUGCUUUUGACAUGUGCAAUGGGCAGCUGCGCCGCACCAAGCCCCACCUCUCUGUGCGCAGUAGAAGCCUGAGCAGAAGCAGUGUCCGCAUCACAGAGUCCUACCAGGGCAGGAAACUGACGGUCAUAUUUUCAUCAGGGGCCUUUGUGCGUGCAGAUGUCUUCGACUGGGGGAUGAGCUUGACUCUCCGGGCUCCCAGCUCUCACUUCGGGCGCACUGAGGGCCUGUGUGGAACUUUUGACGGAGACCCUCAGAAUGACUUCCACAGGCCAGGCGGCAUUGGAGCCGCAGAUGCUUCUCACUUCAUCAGUGCAUGGAGAGUCCCCCCCGGUAGCAGUCUGUUUGAUCGUGUCCCAUUCUACCAGAGUUCUCCAAAUGUCAGACACUACUGCAACUGUGAUAAAGAGCCCCAUGAUCCAUCUAGAUGGUUGCUGUCACAGAGGGUCCCUGCUCAUGGGACCUGUUCUCAUCAUGGAAGUAUGAAUUACCCAGCUGUAAUACCAGCCCUGGAUGUCACUGCAGAAUACAUUAGCUCUGUAGAAAUUGUCCAAGGGAUGGAGAAGGACUCAUCAGAAGCCACCCCAACGUGGCAAGAAGUCGACAACAGCCAGACAAGAAGAACCACCCAGAUGGCCCCUGAUAAAUUGUUUGAUGGCAGUGGCUUGAGUGUCAGAGCAGAUGGCCGCUCUCACUCCAUGAACGUUAGACGGCUCAUACAGAGGAGACAGAAGCGACAGAGCAAAUUGCACAUCUUCAAUUCCACACAUCGGAGUCUGACUCGGAGCAACCUGGAGAGCUUUGCCUACUUCUUCCCUGAUGACCACAGGACAGACCAGCAGCCAGAGCCAUCUCUCUCUUGGCCCACAUCAUCGGGUCUAAGCAAAGCACAUGCCUCCAGCCUUUGUUGGAGUGUGGUAGCCAACUCUAGUGUGGCAGUGGGUUGCACUCAGCUGCUGGGCAGGGUGCUGGGCAUUGCAGUAGACAUGUGCAUGCAGGACCUGCAGCUGAAGGAGGACCUGGUAUGGCUGAAUGCCACUGUGCCGCUGCUUGAGAACGAGUGUGAGAGGAAGAUCAUUCAGGAAGGAGGUGCAAGCCAGCAGGAGGAUGCCCUGGCUCUGCUCAGGUGUCCCGACCUGUGUAAUGGAAAUGGACUAUGUUCUGACUGGGGAUGUGUCUGUUUCCCAGGGUUUGGGUCCUAUGACUGCAGCGUGAUCACUGAUCAGAUACCAGAGAUCACAGGGCUAGAGAACGCUGGACUCUGUGACAUCCAGCACCAUGAGUGCUCCACUGUGCGAGUGUUUGGUCAAGGGUUUCAAGACUCUUCCCAGCUGAAAUGUGAAGUUGUCAAAGAAAAGUUUGUAGAUGGAGAGUGGGUUUUGGAGGACCCACAGUUCCUUCCUGCCUCCUUCCUGAGCCCCACCAAUGUAGACUGUCGGCUCCCAAUAGGCAAUGCGCAGAUGUCCGAUGGCUUGGAAAGGGAAAUUAUCGAUGACAAACCAAUAGCAAGAUGGCAGAUUAAAGUGUCCAAUGAUGGCCAUGGAUUCAGCAAUGCCAAGGUUCUAACCCUUUUCGAUGGGGCAUGUCAGAUCUGCAGGCCCCAUGCUGAGGGUCUUUGCACUCUGAGGGAGAAAACGUGCAACAUUGACGGCAUAUGCUAUGAUGAAGGGGACCUCAAUCCCAGCAGCCCUUGUCUGAUGUGCCACCCUGAUUCUUCCCAGUUCACUUGGUCUAUUGUCGAGAAAAACCAACCUCCACUGUUCCGGGCUCCACAAGCUGACCUUCAGACUUUCCAAGGGGAGAACUUUGUGUACCAGCUGAUGGCAUCUGACCCAGAGGGAUCAGCGGUCUUGUUCACACUGGUAUCAGGCCCAGAGGGCGCAGCCCUCGCUCCGGCUGGCCUGCUGAUCUGGAAGGCUACGUUGACACCAAAGCAGACCUUUCAAUUUGUUGUGACUGACGACUGCAAUGCGGAAACACGAGCGGUUCUACAGGUCAUAGUGCGACCUUGCAGCUGCCUCAAUGGCGCCAGCUGUGUCACAAACAUGAAUUUCCCCCCUGGGAGCGGAGAGUACCUUUGCAUUUGCCCUUCUGGUCUGGAAGGGGAGCGGUGUGAAGUGAACUUCAGUGCCUGUGAGUCUAACCCCUGCUACGCUGGCAGAUGUGUGGAUGGACUCAGCUCAUACACUUGCCUUUGUCCACCUGGAAUGACAGGCCCAUCCUGUGGAGAGGAUGUGGAUGAGUGUGCCUCUGCUCCAUGUUUCCCUGGAGUUGGCUGCCACAAUACGCUUGGCUCAUUUGUCUGUGGUCUCUGCCCAGAAGGGUACGCUGGCGAUGGCAGGAACUGUAAACGUGAGACCGAGCUGUCUAUUCCUCAUAAUGAAACAGCGCAGGGAGUUCACACACCUGCUAGGAGUAAUCAGUGGUCUUUUGGACCCAGAAACAGUUCUGGCCCUCAUGACCCCUGUUCUGGGAGACCCUGUUUCCCAGGUGUCCAGUGCUUUGUGAGCCCUCACUUAACUGCUGGCUUCAUCUGUGGACCCUGUCCACCUGGGUUUUAUGGCAAUGGCCAUACCUGUGCCACAGGACUGAUGACCAUUGCGUCCUCUAAAGAUGAUGGCCCUAUUGUUCCUCCCUCUGACCCUGGCUUAAGCCAGUAUAUACCCAAGACCAUGGAUGGAAAGACCACUUCAUUCUCCCAACUCUGGAGGCCAUUUGUGCACCAGGGAACUGCAGGAGGAGACAAUGCAGGCGACAAGGACAUGGCCUCUACAAGUAGUAAGAUAUCCUUCAGCUCAAAGGACCUGAGCAAAACUAGGGGUGUGUCCCCCACCAAUCACACUGAUCUCCCAGGAGGAAACAACAAAAAACCUGGCACAGAAGAAAGAGGUGUCUUGCCUUCCACAGUGCCAUGUGCGAGUAUACCUUGCUUUCCUGGUGUGCUUUGUGAAAUUUCCCAGACAGGAUCCUUUCAAUGUGGACACUGUCCUCAUGGAUACACAGGAGAUGGCAUUACCUGCAAAGCCCUCUGUCGGUACCCCUGUGGUCAAAAUAUGGAGUGUUCCCAGCCCAACACCUGUACCUGCAAGGAGGGUUUUACUGGAUUCAACUGUCACAUUGCCGUGUGCCGACCUGACUGCAAGAACCGAGGAAAGUGUGUGAAGCCAAACCAGUGUGCCUGUCCAUUGGGAUACAGCGGGCCCACCUGUGAAGACGCUAAAUGUGAGACACCCUGUCAAAAUGGAGGAAAAUGCCAGGCCAGGAAUCUUUGCACCUGCCCAUACGGCUAUGUGGGGCCCAGAUGUGAAACCAUGGUUUGUAACAGACAUUGUGAAAACGGUGGGGAGUGCACCUCUCCUGAUGUGUGUAAGUGCAAGAUGGGCUGGUAUGGACCCACCUGUGGCUCAGCGGUCUGCAAGCCAGUGUGCCUGAAUGGGGGAACCUGUGUAAAACCCAACAUCUGUGUCUGUCCCAGUGGCUUCUAUGGAUCCCAGUGCCAGAAUGCUGUGUGCAGCCCUCCCUGUAAGAAUGGUGGUCAGUGUAUGAGGAACAAUGUGUGCUCCUGUCCUGAAGGUUAUACAGGGAAAAGGUGUCAAAAGAGUGUGUGUGACCCAGUUUGCAUGAACAAAGGGAAGUGUGUCAGCCCAAAUGUGUGCUCAUGUGUCUCUGGGUGGAGAGGGAAGAAAUGCAACGUCCCAAUCUGCCUGCAGAAGUGUAAGAAUGGUGGAGAGUGUGUUGGCCCCAAUACCUGCCAUUGCUCACAUGGAUGGGAAGGGCUCCAGUGCCAGAUUCCUGUAUGUAAGCAGAAGUGUCUCUAUGGAGGGCGCUGUGCCCUGCCCAACUUCUGUUACUGCCGUCCAGGUUACACUGGUGCUAACUGUGGGAAAAAGGGAUGAAUGUGACAUUGUACCAUUGUACAGAAGACACACAACAGAUCUUUAAUACGGGGAAGGAUCUGCCGUACAGUACAGAGCAAAGUAUUUGUGUGAGUGUGUGAUCACAAGUGUGUGGGAGAAUGUGUGAUUUUUGUGUUAUAAGAGGACAAAGCAGUCGUAACAACUGGAGAUAAUGUAUUUGUCUCAGUUUCCAACUGAAACUACCUCAAAACAUGCAAUUUGUCUGGUUAGUCUGGUCAUAUGAGAACAAAGAAAAAGCUGAGAUAUGUGUUGAAGGGUUGCACUUCUGCCUGAAUCUGACACACAUUCAGACUUUUUACAUUGUGUCAGGCUUUCAACUAGUCCUGGCCUUAUUAUAUAACCUUUAAGUAUUUUUUUUCUGUAUUUCACUAAAUCAUGGGCACUGUUUAGCUGAGUGUAUCCAAAGAAAUGUUUUGUGA